CUCAAUUUGCUGGAAAACAAUACGCAUUGGGACACGACAAUCGCUGAAGCAACUGUUUCCGCAUCUUCAAAUCAGAUACGCACAUUAUUUGCGAUCAUUAUUUCCACAUGUUUUCCAUCGAAUUCACGUGAAUUGUGGGAGAAGUAUUUUGCAUCGAGUUCGUGUCCAUUCAUAGAAUCCCCAUCUUGAUAUGAAUGAAGAGAUGCACAACCAGGCUUUGGUUUUGAUAGAAGACAUGUGUUACCUCAUGUGCGGCAGUUUGUUAGCCAGGUUAGGAAUGACGUCGCCUGAUCGUGGAGUAAACGACGCUUUCGAACGAGAAUUGCAGCGUGAACGUGAAUACGACACAAAUGCAUUAAGCCAAUUGGUUCGAACGAAUGUACCAUUGUUGAAUCCUCAACAAAAAGAAGUGUACGAUACGGUGAUGAAGGCAAUUGAUGAUGGAAAUAUCGGUAUGAUUUUCCUUGAUGCGCCCGGUGGAACUGGAAAGACAUUCCUCAUAUCAUUGAUUUUGGGUGCAGUUCGUGCAAGAUCAGAAAUUGCUGUAGCAGUUGCUUUUUCUGGAAUAGCGGCAACGAUGUCGGAAGGUUGCCGAACCGCUCAUUCUGCAUUAAAAUUGCCAUUAAACCUGCAAGCGGUUGAAGAACCGACAUGUAACAUAGCGAAACAUUCAGCAAUGGCCAAAGUUUUGGUAGCAAGCAAAAUCAUUAUCUGGGACGAAUGCACAAUGUCGCAUAAACGCGCGUUAGAAGCUCUGAAUCGCACUAUGAAAGAUCUGCGUAAUGACGCAAGACAUUUUGGGGGUGCAUUGAUUUUACUCUCAGGCGAUUUCCGGCAAACACUGCCAGUAAUACCACGAUCAACCGCUGCCGAUGAGAUCAAUGUUCGCUUACUUUGCUUGCCUCAAAUCAUCAACAUUGUGGCGUUAUGUGUGGAAACUUCAGCUGACGACAAACAUGUGAGUUGCAUUGCAAUUUCGUUUCAUCGAAAGAGGAGCUCAUCAACAAAGUGUUUCCGAACACCAUUGCUAACCACAAAAACUACGAUUGGUUGGGUGAAAGAGUAAUUUUAGCAAAGAACAAGGAUGUGGAUCACUUAAACUUCAAAAUUCAAAAUCAAAUCGUUGGGACACUG